AUGUUUUAUCUAUAUCUUUUUCCUUAUCUAUUGUUCUUAUCUCACACUUGUCUUUAUCUAUCUAUCGAUCUAUCUAUUUAUCUCUUUUCCUUAUCUAAUAAUCCAUCACUUUUCUUUAUCUAUCUAUCUAUCUAUCUAUCUAUCUAUCUAUCUAUCUAUCUAUCUAUCUAUCACUUUUCCCUAUCUAUCAUUUUUCCUUAUAUAUCCCUUAUCUAUAUAGCUAUAUACCUAUUACUUUUCCUUAUCUAUCUCUUUUUCUUAUAUAAUUACUUUUACCUUAUCUAUUUAUAUAUCUAUUUUAUUUAUCUAUCUCUAUUUCCUUAUCUGUCUCUAAAUUUAUCACAUUUCCUUAUCUAUCGGUUUAUCUAUCACUAUCUAUCUAUCUAUCACUUUUCGAUAUCUAUCUCAGUCGGUUCAUAUCUAUCUAUCUAUCUAUAUAUAUAUAUAUAUAUAUAUAUAUAUCAUUCAUUCAUUCCAUAUCUGUCUAUUUAUCUAUCUCAUUUACUGUAUAUCUAUCUAUCUAUCUAUCUAUCUAUCUAUCUAUCUAUCUAUCUAUCUAUCUAUCUAUCUCUUUUGUUAUCUAUCUGUGUAUUACUGUUCUUUAUCUAUCUUAAAUCAAAUAGAAUUUGA